ACACCGACACUGCUACCUGCGCCCUGACCGUCCACACACCGCUGAAAUGCAGCCGCUCGCAGCCAAACUGCCGCUCAUCCACAGGACCCCCUUCUCUGUGGAGGAUAUUCUGGAUCCCGCUAAAUUUACAAGGAGAAUAAUCUGUGCUGAGGACGCAACAACAGGAGCUGCUGCAGCCACAAAUGAACCCAGAGAGCGGCAGCAUCCUCCGGCAGAUGGGAGCUGCAGCCCGGAGGAGGAGGAGGAGGAGGAGGAGGAGGAGGAGGCUCGGUGUGCCGGGAAGCUGCAGAGGUCGAAGGCAAAGAGCCGACGCAUCCGCACCGCGUUCACCCUGGAGCAGCUGCACAUCCUGGAGCGCAGCUUCCAGAGGUGCCACUACCUGUCGGUGCUGGAGCGGCACAGCAUCUCCUCGGCCCUGCGCCUCUCCGAGACCCAGGUCAAGAUCUGGUUCCAGAACAGACGCACCAAGUGGAAGAAGGAGCGGCUGCAGGGGAAGGAGGCGGAGGAGGAGCUCGGGUUCUCCGCGCACCAUCCUGCGGUCUGCUCACCCCUGACCUACAGCCUGUACUGCCCGCAGCGCGCUCCGCUGCAGCUGUUUGCGCCACUGCCGCUGGGGCCGUUUCAUCAUUAUUAUACAUGAUGAGUGAGCACAUAAUGGACCCAGCAGCUCCUCCAGGACACGGUUCUGCAGAAUCUAUGGCACUAUUAGGAUCAUUAAGGAGAGAGCUGUUAAAGUGCCAACAGGACUGAGUUUACAGAUAUUUUAAUUGUAAUUAUAACUUAUUUUCAUAAACAAUUUCUAUUGAAGUUCUUGUUUGUUCCUUCUUUCCUAAAAUAUAUUGACUUAAGCCUGGACCUGAACAGAAAGUCUCUCUGAGCCUCACAGAGCAGCAAAAGAGUUAUAAUGUAAAGACAUAUUAUAUAUAUUCCCACUGUGAGAUAACAUUGUGCCAAUGGCAGUGACAGUAUGAUGUAAAAUGAUGACCUUUGCUAUAAUACUGAUAAUGAACGCAGGGACACCUUGCUUCUUUUCAAAAAUGACAAGCGGCCAGUUAAUAA